AAUGACCCCGCCCCCGAAAUCUCCACACACGUCCUCCAAUCACAGAAUAAAACCGGAAACAACCGCGGACGCUGUAAAUCACAAACAGAAAUUGAAAUUGCUGGAAAAGCUGAGUGACACUGUGUGUACACGUGCAGUUUGGAUUGAAGGAUCAACAUGGAACUUCAAGACGAAAGCCGAACACUCAAGAACAAUGGACAGGGAUCUCAGCGACAGAUUAGACGCAGACCAUUGGCAUCUGGAGGUGGGGGACUGGAGGAUCUGCGCUGCAAACUGUGUGGGAAGGGUUUCCGUUGGCCCAGCCUGCUGGACACACCUCCGUGUUCACACCGGAGACAAGCCCUUUGAGUGUGCCAUGUGCCAGAUGCGCUUCUAUACGUCCAGCGAGGUCACCAAACACCAGCGAUUUCACACGGGUGAGAAACCCUUUGAGUGCUCGGUGUGCACAAACCGCUUCCAUACGUCCAGCAACCUAGUACAGCACCGCAAAGUCCACAUUGGUGAGAAGCCACAUGAAUGUGCGAUCUGCAGCAAGCGCUUUUCCCGCUCCUGUGACCUAAGCAAACACUGGCGUAUUCACACCGGGGAGAAGCCGUUCAACUGUGCUGUUUGUGGCAAGCGCUUCCACACGUCGAGCAACCUCAUCCAGCACAGGCAGGCCCAUGCUGCGGAGAGGCCCUUCGAGUGCAGUGUGUGCACAAAGCGAUUCUACACCUGCAGCCUCCUGACUCAGCAUCAGAAGAUUCACACCGGCGAGAAGCCGUUCGAGUGCGUGGUGUGCCAGAAAUGCUUUUACCGGUCGGGCUACCUCAUUGAGCACCAGCGCACCCACACAGCAGAGAAGAAGUUUGAGUGCUCAGUGUGUGGCAAGAGGUUUCACACAUCGAGCAACUUGAACAAGCAUGUGAAAAUCCACACUGGCGAGAAGCCAUUUGAAUGCUCGCUGUGCGACAAGAGGUUUUAUACUUCCAGUAACCUGACACAGCAUCAGCAGAUCCACACAGGGGAGAAGGCUUUCAAAUGCAGCAUCUGCACGAAGAGAUUUAAAAGUUUCAGGUACCUGCUGCAACAUCAAACGAAGCACACCGACAUCACAGAAUCGAACAUGCUAGGUUAAAUUCCACCUUGCAGUCUGUGCAUUUUCUGCUGACACAGCGAGCUGCUUUGAUGCUUCGGUGUUUUGACUCUGGUCUCCCUUGUUUCCACGGCCAUUACAAAACUGAGGUGGUAAAAUCACAGAGUCUGUUGCUUCCCUUUCUCAGAGACUUGAGCCUGCUGCCCCAUUGCUUCUCAUGGUUAAGAUCAGAUGCCAAGGUCGGAGCAGCCGGGAUGCAAGCAGGGUCACAGUGACCAGGAGGGAAGUUGUUGCUCGCUGCUGCAGGAACACGGGAGACUCUUCAAUGCAGCUCCUACUUCCAUCAUGGAGCUUCAAAAAGCUAAGAGAGGUUUUCAGUGAAGGAUUGCACCACAUUGCAUCAGAGAAUACAGAGAGGAUAGACACCGCAAUAGAUCCUGACCAUCAUCCAAGGAAGAACUGCACAACUGUGGGAAGACAUUCAGUCCCUUCGCAGUUUUGCUCAAUACAGACAAAGUUGGACAGUGAAAGCAUCAUCUGGAAAUCAGUCAGGUCAGGAACUUUGACAUAUCAUCAGAUCUGAAAGUGGUCAGUGGUGUGGAGCCUUCCUUCAGAACCAGCCUUUCUGAAGGUUCGGCUGGGGAUGAUUGGUCAGGGUGAGACUGGGAAGAAGUGUGAGUAGCUCAAGGUGUGGUGAGAGCGUCAAUCAUUCAUCGUUGCUCAUGAACCACUGACUCAUUCCUACAGGAGAGAGGCUGUUCCAAUGUAAGGAGACCUCCACAGGCUUGUAGGACCCUCAAACACACAGUGAUGAACAAAUGUUGAUGAACGAAAGUAACACAAGGAUAGCUU